GUAGGGAAAAAGUAGUUGACGAAGCAUCAUCGUCAUCACACCGUUAAUUUGGCGGGAAAAUUUUCACGAUAUGCAAUUUACCAGCGCUUUUGUCCAGUGUCGACUGUUUCUGACAGAUUGCGGCAGUGUAGAACGCAUUUUCCUGUCGUACUGUAAAGGCCACAAGCUUGUGCGCGCCAGUGCUUUAUUCGAGCGGUCGCUCCAGUACAGAAAAGCACAUUCCACAAUGUCCGGGGAAUUCCCGAAGCUGAAAUUUGUCCGGCUCACGGAGCACGCACGCGCGCCGACGAGGGGCUCACUCGCUGCUGCUGGCUUCGAUCUGUACAGUGCAUACGAUUACCAGGUGCCUGCUGGUGGCCGCUGCGUCUGCCUCACUGACAUACAAGUCGCUGUCCCUGAGGGCUGCUAUGGGCGUGUCGCACCACGCUCGGGCCUGGCUGCCAAACAUGGAAUUGAUGUGGGCGCUGGCGUGGUGGAUGCAGACUAUCGGGGCAACCUGGGCGUGAUGCUCUUCAACCUUGGCAAAACUGACUUCACAGUUGCCCGGGGGGAUCGCAUUGCACAGUUCAUCUGCGAGCGCAUCACAUACCCUGAGCUUGUCGAGUGUAAGAGCCUGGAUGAGACUGAGCGAGGUGAAGGUGGUUUCGGCUCAACGGGCCUGUGAGGCUGAUAUCAAAAGCCAUCGAAGCACCAAAUAAUGAUACGGGUGUGUGUUGCUGGAAACUAUUACAGGGCAGCUCAACUAAGCGUUCCUGAAUGGUCUUGUUGGCCACUUUCAUUCAGCAUUUAACAAUGCCUUCAGAAAGAAAAAAAAGUGCUUUUUCUUUUGUUGCAUUUAGAAGACAUUGAAGAAUGUUGCUUGUUAAGCACUACGUGACGAAAUAAAUUGAUGUUAUGUAAAUUGUA